AUGGUUUGGAUCUUGUUGUUAGGUGGUGGAGCUGGUGAUUCUGCAGCUGUUGGCAUGUGGAUUGGUAUUGGUGUUGUUGGUGGUAGUUUCGGUGAUGGUGAAGUACUCGUUAGAGCCAGCAUGCAAAGCAAGGGGUUGUUGGCAUUGGUUUCACAAAGAGCAUUGAAUGGCAGUCCUAAAAACAGGGUUCCUCUUCCUACACGUCUUUAUAGUGCAGUGGGGACAAAUUCGUCUAGUAGUAUAGUGAGUCCCAGUCCUUCUAGCAGUUUCAAGAAAAGCUCACCACCCUAUUCUAGACCUAAACCAUCUGUUCCGCGUGCAAGUGCAAAAUAUAGACCUCAAGAGCUGGAUGAAGCCGCGCGGAGGCGACUUACAAAGCGCCUGUAUAUUCCUCUACCUACUGCUGAAUUGAGAGCCUGGUUUAUUCGUAGUCUACUCGAGAAGGACUGGCUGUUCAAGCUCUCAGAAGAGGAUACCAAUGUCAUCUGCAGAAUGAGUGAAGGUUAUUUAGGAUCAGACAUGAAGAAUCUGGUCAAAGAUGCAUCCACGGGACCAUUGAGAGAUGCUCUUAGACAAGGAGAAAUUGUAAAAUUGCAGAAAGAGGAUCUAAGAACGGAAAUUGUAAAAUUGCAGAAAGAGGAGGAUCUAAGAAUAGUUAGUAUUCAGAUACCCAUGCAAACAUUAGGUGUACUUUUAAUGGAAUCUGGGAGAAGGCCACUCCUUAUGAUUUCUGCAGCUGGAACUUGCUUGGGUUGUUUCCUAGCAGGAUUGUCGUUACUCUUGCAGGGUAGCCAAUUCCCUAAAGAACUGAGUCCAGCAUUGGCCCUUACCGGCAUUCUGGUGUACACAGGAUCUUUCUCGUUAGGCAUGGGUGGGUUACCAUGGGUUUUAUCUUCUCUUGGUUGCAGUCAAGUGCGACAUCUGAUAUAUAAUUAUACAAGUGAAGUUUUUGAAGAAGAGUAAGAAGUAAGAAAAUCUCAACGCAUGCUAUUUCUUUCUCUUUGUGCAACUACUAAUUUUCUUCUGUGUGUGGUUGCGGUUGAACAAGAGAAUCUCCAAAAUCAACAAAUCUGAUGGCUGCUAUGGUUAUUUUGUCAUCGAAAACUUGGUUCAUAUGAUGAUGCAAUUAGUGAUCAGCUCGGAGAAAGAUGCUCCAUCCCUUAGUACCCGUUGUACUCUGCCUUAAUUGCUCUGAGGUUUCCUUGUAUGUUUCUGCACUCAUAUCACAAGAGUAAUCUUUUUCAAAGUUGGAAGUGUUAACCCAGUAGUGCUACUCAAGUAGUCUGAGAGUCCAAACGUGUUUUAAUUUGAAAACAUAAUGUCAGAUUAUCUAGUUAGUCUUAUUUUAAAUUGGUGUUUGGUCUUUGAAUCA